AGAAGAUGAAGAAGAUACUAAGACACAAAAGAAAAAUAUAACCAUUUCAAAAUUGUUUGUUUAUUAUUCAUCUUCCCAUCAUUGGACAAUAGACAGCGGCAUGAUCGAAGAUAUGAAGUACUAUUAUCCAACAUCAGACUUUAAAUGAAACUCAUCAUAAUCCGGACUAAAUACAGUUUAAACAGCAAGUUUGGAUUCGUGUUUAUAAAUGUCAGGAGUAUCCUCAUCAUUCUAAAAGAAGACUUGUUUCAACAGGAACAGGAAUAACUCCAGGUGUUUCAACUGAGAUCUGCGGGAUAAAACAUUGUAAAAUGAUGUUUAUUAAAGAAGAGAGUGAGGACAUGAGUUAUCCAGAAUCAUGCAGUUCAAAUGUCAUGAAAAAUGAAGAUACUGAGGAACAAACAGACCUGAUGAAAUUGAAAGAGGAAAGUCAACAACUGAAUCAAGUGGAGGAGAAACACCAUCUGUUUCCGAGAGUUGAUGAUUUUGUAACUGGACAAAACUCACAAAAAAGAACUCAAAGACUGAGAGUAAAAAAAUCUUUCACCUGCCCUCUGUGUGGAAACAGUUUUUCAGAGAGAUGUCACCUUAAGAGACACUUGAAAAUCCACACUGGAGAGAAGCCUUUCACCUGCCCUCUUUGUAUGAAGAGUUUCAGAGAUAGAAGUAAUCUGCAGAGUCACAUGAGAAUCCACACUGGAGAGAAACCUUACACAUGCACUCACUGUAUGAAGAGUUUUAGAGACAACAGUCACCUUCAGAGACACAUAAGAAUGCACACUGGAGAAAAACCUUACACCUGCCAUCUGUGUGUGAAGAGUUUUACACGUAAAGGAAGUCUUAAGAUGCACAUUCGAAUUCACAAAGGUGAGAGGCCUUUCACCUGCCAUCAGUGUGGGAAUUCUUUCACACAGAAAGUAAAUCUAAAUAUGCAUAUUCAAAUUCACGAAGGUAAGAGGCCUUUUACCUGCCAUCAGUGUGGGAAUACUUUCACACGUAAAGGGAGUCUUUCUAAGCACAUGAGAAUUCACACUGGUGAGAAGCCUUACACAUGCCCUCACUGUGAGAAGAGUUUCAGACAGGCAUGCAAUCUCAAAAGUCAUCUAUCUGUGCAUUCUGGAGAAAAGUCAUAUAGCUGUGAUCAGUGCGGCAAAACAUUUUCUUCUGCAUCAAUCUUAAGAUCACACCGGAAAAUUCAUCCAAUUGAGAAGCCAUACUUGUGUUCAUUUUGUGGAAAGAGUUUUUCACAGCUGCACACUUUAAAAGAGCACCAGAACAUACAUACUGGUGUGAGAGAUCAUGUGUGCUCUGAGUGUGGGAAGGCUUUUCUCAGAGCUAACGACUUGGAACGUCACAAAAGAAUCCAUACUGGAGAAAAACCUUACAAGUGUUCACAUUGUGGAAAGAAUUUCAGUCAGUCAAGAACCCUAAAAGCACAUGAGAGAGUGCAUACUGGAGAUAAGCCAUACCACUGUACUUCAUGUGGGAAGAGUUUCACCCAAGCAAGUACUCUUCUGACUCAUAAUAAAAAAAAGCUUUGUCCAGAGUUUUCACAAUGAGCAAAGUUCAUCUUUGUGUUAUGUAAAUGUUGUGACAUUUCGAAAAACCAGAAGAUGGAAUUUCUCUCAAAAGAUUACAGUUAUAAAUAAAGUUGCAAGCAGCAAUUACAGGGCCAAACAUACCAAUGGCAAACAUUUUGAUUGAAUAUAGAAUUCCAGUGAUGAUUUUAAGUAGAGUGGUGGAAAAAGACAUGUUUAAUUACAAGUAGUGUCACACAACUGCUUUUAAGAUUCAACCAAUAGGUUGAGCUGUCACCAAAAUCAAUAUAGUAUUGUCAGGGCUUGGUCACAAUGCCAAUUUUCAUGUCAGUACGCCAAAACAUUCAUGAGGUACAGCCUCAAAUCCUUAUUGGCACCUUGCCAUGAAAUUGAUUGAUGCAUUACACAAGAAUGGCUUGAUCUAUCAAAAAGCUUUUCAUAACUUUUUGUCAUGAGUGUACCUAGGUGAUACAUGCCAAAUUUCAUGCAAACUGGAUAUAUGGCCAAGGAGGAGUUCGAAAAAGUAGGUUUUCAGUUAUAUUCAAAAUGGCGGACAGUUAGUAUGUCUGACUAUGGCAAAUCCGGCAUUAUACUCGGGAUGACCUAAGGAAGCUAAUUACACAAGUCUUAUGACAAUAGGCUAAAGUAAUCAGCCCCAUGUUAAUUUUAGUAUGUUUGCCAUCAAUUUUGUUGCAGCGGUACACGAAAACGGUUUGGUCUAUCAUCAUGAAUUCCAUCAUUUUUUGUCAUGAGUGUCUCUAGAUGAGUGGUUCUCAACCCUGUUCCUGGAGCCCCCCCCAAACACUUUUUGGAUAUCUCCCUAAUCAAACACACCUGAUUCAACUCAUCAGCUCGUUAGUGGAGACUCCAAGACCUGAACUGGGUGUGUCAGAAAAGGGAGAUAUACAAAAUGUGCUUUGUUGGGGGGCCUCCAAGAACAGGCUUGGGAACCACUGAUCUAGAUGUUAAGUGCAACAUUUUGAGAGAAUGGACAUACAGCCUAGCAGGAGCUCAAAAAAGUAGUUGUUUUUUCAAAAUGGUGGAAAAUCUAGUCAGGACUUGACUCAGCAUGAGCCAAAGAAUCAGAGGAAAUAUUUUUGUUUCUAGCCCUAACAGUUCAAAAGUUAUGAGCAUAAACUUACAUUAAGUGCAACUUUGAACAGUUGGUGGUGCUACAGGGUUUGAGUUAGAGACAGCAAAUUUGGGUCAGUUUUAGUUCAAUGUGUCAAUUUCACAACUUUCCUAAGGGUUUUAUGGGCUGCCGUAAACUUCGAGAGUGGGCGAAUAAUAAUAAUAAGAUGAAGAAAACUAAUGGAUACAAUAGGUGUCUAUGCACCAUUGGUGCUUAGCCCCUAAUUAUGUCAUUUAUUGUCAAUACUAGUGUAUAUUGUGCUAAAUUUUCAUGAAAACUCUCAAAUUGUAUAUUUUAUGUAAUGUGUUGUUACGUCCGGGGACGUUUAAUUUUAUUCAUAUACAGGUGCUGGUCAUAUAAUUAGAAU